AUGGCGUGACUGUUCACUCACAUGUCACUAUCACUGCAACCUCGAACGCCGCACCUAAAUCUACUGCCACUGCUGCUGCCCCUACACUCGAUACUACCGCUAUCGCUGGCACAGCAGCUGGCGGUACCGUAGGUAUUGCGCUCAUUAUCGGCCUCCUAUUUCUCUUUAUGCGCCGUCGCAAACGCCAAUCCUCACUCGCUUCGCCCGCGGAUAUAUGGGAGCCAUCUCGCAACACGAGUCCAAAGCCCAAACUACCAGACUUGGGAAAUGAUUCGAGCUUCGGUCGAUACUCGGAGAUGGGAGCCGGUGUACCGGCGCGUCAAUGCUCGAAAGCCGAACUACAUAGCGAGGAUAUGCCAUUACCACGUCCCCAAACAGGCUACUUCAGACCACCGGAGACGCACGGUGGCGGCGGCGAAAACGCGCGAUACUACAGUUCAGCACAACGACCUGAACCGCAUCGUCACGGCAGCAACAUGGACUCUCGAUACCCUGAGAUGAGUUCACACGCCAUGACAAGCAUGCCGUCACCUACGUCACCCAUCUCUCAGACUUCAACAAUGCAAGGCUGGCAUGCAAACUCGCCUUCCGGCGCCCCCACAAUCAAACCGAGUAGCUCUGAUCUCCGCAGCGAGGGAAUGAGAAGUCCAGUGAGUGAGCUUGGUACUCAUGCACCUCUGCGUUCGACACGCUCGGCUGAACUACAUGGCGCGAGUACCAUGAGUCCGAUGAGUGAGCUUGGUACUGAUAGCUUUCACGGUGCGGGUCGCGGAGCGGCUGAGUUACACAAUGAGCCUCUACUUCUGCCGCAGCUGGAUUCGAGGAGCAAGGGAAAUGUACCAGAUGGUGUUGUGGAGAUCGACGAUUCAGACACGCAUAGGGGACAUCGACCUGAGGUGUCUACAACAUUUUGACGUCGCGGUACCUAGGGUGACUUCGAAACCGCAAGACAGGUAUUAUACGGUCAAUGGUAAUUAGCAAUGGAGAGCAAGGUUAUAUGAGAAAUCUACUGCUACGAAAUCCGAC